AUGUAUCGUGAAUCACCUAUAAAAUCAGAAUCACCCGUAAAAACAAAAUAUAUAGAUCUUGCAAAAACUAAUCUCAAUUUUGCUGAACGUGCGUUCGAAAAGUUAAAAGAUGAAAAUUUGCAUGCUAGAAAGCUAUGCACUAGAGGGUUAGAAGUAACAAAAGAUAGUCAAAAGUUUUUAGAAGAAAUCACGAGAUUGAUGUUUCCCAACAGUUCUUAUCCUGAAAAAUGUUUAAAUGAAAAUAUAAACAAUGAUAAUAACAUUGUCAAUUAUAAAUUCCAAAAAUUCAUCGAAGAGUCUAUAAUUUUUCGAAAUCUUGAAAAUAAAUUAUGGGAAAUUGAUCUUUGUGUCAAUUAUAGUAAUUAUGAUGAUAAUGUUGAGGCAGAGCUCACUAAUAGAAUAAACGUGAUAAAUAGUAUGAUUAACGAAUUAAAAAAUUCAAUUCAAGACUGGCAAAACAAACAAAAGAGGGACUGGAGUACAAUUAGAUCUAGAGCCAUGGCCUUCGUACGAUUUCUUUCGAUUGGAAGACAACUUGCUUGUGAAAUUCCUGAAAGCGAGCUUUCAGAUGGUGGAUUAGUUAGAGGAAGUAAUGAUCAUAUAGUUCAACGAAAUUAUAAAGUUACAGCAAAGACUAGUGAUAAUGAAUGGGCUGAUUAUAAUUUGCAAGAUUACCUUAAUCAACGUUGUUUAGAUCCAGCUGAAAAACUAUCAAUUGCCCGCGGAAUUGCUAAUGCAUUAAAUUAUUGUCAUGAAAAGGAUAUUUUGCACUAUGAUAUUAGACCGUGGAGUUCACCAGAAAGAUUACGCGGUGAAUACGGAAAAGCUAGUGAUCAUCAAAAAACGCCCUUUAUUACCUUAACUUCAAAGGAACAAAUUAAAAGCCAAAUACUUAAAAACAAUCAGCGCCCAGAACUUACUGCCGUAGACGGUAUACCAGUCGAAUACAAUGAAAUUAUUAAAAAAUCUUGGGAUCAUGAUCCUUCAGUACGUUAUGAUAUGAAGAAAAUUUCAGUACUCUUGGAUAAACUAGACCUUGAAAAAUUCUCUAGCCAGGAUGAUAAUGAUUAUUUUGAUUUUAACAACACAAAUAUCGAUAUGAAUCAAUCAACGUAUCAAUAUCC